CGAUUAACAAUUAAUGCGUUUGCGGAUAUUUGAAGGAGCAUUCUUCUAAAUACAGUUUAUCAUUGUUUUAGAUUUCGUUAUAGAUUUAGGUGACUCAUGCGCAAUUGACAGCUAUUGUUCAGCCAUGUUCGUUGGUUUACAUUCGGGAAGUGUUUUGUAGUAGUGAAAUAAUAUUGGUUUCAACUGAACAGUAAUAAAGUUUUCCGGCCAAAAAUGGCAGGAAAUGUAGGAAUGGAGCAGCUUAUUCCAAUUGUGAAUAAGCUGCAAGACGCCUUUACUCAGUUAGGGGUGCACAUGACUUUGGAUUUACCACAAAUAGCCGUUGUGGGCGGACAAUCAGCAGGGAAAAGCUCCGUAUUGGAAAAUUUCGUGGGGAGAGACUUCCUUCCUCGAGGUUCUGGUAUUGUUACUCGCAGGCCACUUAUCUUGCAGUUGAUAAAUUCAAAUACUGAGUAUGCCGAAUUUUUACACAACAAAGGAAAGAAGUUCGUCGACUUUGAUGAAGUACGCCGAGAAAUUGAGGCUGAAACUGACCGUGUGACGGGUUCUAAUAAGGGUAUUUCAAAUAUUCCGAUUAAUUUAAGAGUGUAUUCUCCUAAUGUUUUGAAUUUGACUCUAAUUGAUCUGCCAGGUCUUACCAAAGUGCCUAUAGGUGAUCAACCAGCUGAUAUUGAACAUCAAAUUAAGUCUAUGAUUAUGCAAUUCAUCAAAAGAGACUCUUGCCUAAUUCUUGCCGUUACACCCGCGAAUACUGAUUUAGCGAAUUCGGAUGCCCUGAAAUUGGCAAAGGAGGUUGACCUUCAAGGGAUACGUACAAUUGGUGUGAUAACUAAGUUAGAUUUAAUGGACGAGGGUACCGAUGCUCGUGACAUUUUAGAAAAUAAAUUAUUACCUUUACGUAGAGGAUAUAUAGGUGUUGUGAAUCGUUCACAAAAAGACAUUGAUGGUAGAAAAGAUAUUAAAGCCGCGCUCUCUGCAGAACGACAGUUUUUUAUCAGCCAUCCGUCGUAUCGACACCUUGCUGACCGCUUAGGUACACCUUACUUACAAAGGAUUCUUAAUCAGCAACUUACGAAUCACAUUAGAGACACUUUACCUGGACUGCGUGAUAAAUUACAGAAACAAUCACUUACCCUGGAAAAAGAUGUAGAUCAAUUUAGACAUUUUAGACCUGAUGAUCCCUCUAUCAAAACAAAGGCUAUGCUUCAAAUGAUUCAACAACUUCAAUCUGAUUUCGAACGUACAAUUGAAGGUUCAGGUUCUGCUCAGAUAAAUACUAUGGAACUUUCGGGUGGUGCUAAAAUCAAUAGGUUAUUUCAUGAACGGUUUCCGUUUGAAAUUGUUAAAAUGGAAUUUGAUGAGAAGGAACUACGCAGGGAAAUUGCUUUCGCUAUUAGAAACAUUCACGGUAUAAGAGUGGGCCUCUUUACUCCGGACAUGGCAUUUGAAGCAAUUGUUAAAAAGCAAAUAUCUCGUCUUAAAGAACCAUCAUUAAAGUGUGUCGAUUUGGUAGUAACCGAAUUAACGAAUGUUGUUCGAAUUUGUACUGAGAAGAUGGCGCGCUAUCCACGAUUACGAGAAGAAACUGAAAGAAUCAUCACUACACACAUACGACAGAGGGAACAGCUAUGCAAAGAACAGUUGAUACUUCUUGUUGACUGUGAAUUAGCUUAUAUGAAUACGAAUCAUGAAGACUUUAUCGGUUUUGCAAAUGCCCAAAAUCAAUCAGAAAACUCAAACAAAACGGGAUCGGCGAGAGGAUUAGGAAAUCAAGUUAUUAGAAAGGGCUACAUGUGUAUCCAUAAUCUUGGUAUAAUGAAAGGCGGCUCUAGAGAUUAUUGGUUUGUUCUCACAUCGGAAAGCAUUUCAUGGUUUAAAGAUGAAGAAGAAAGAGAUAAGAAGUAUAUGUUGCCUUUAGAUUCGCUUAAGUUACGGGAUAUGGAACAAGGUUUUAUGUCACGCAGGCAUAUGUUCGCACUGUUCAAUCCUGACGGUAGAAACGUUUACAAAGACUAUAAACAAUUAGAAUUAAGUUGCGAAACCUUAGACGAAGUGGACUCCUGGAAAGCGUCAUUUUUAAGGGCGGGGGUUUAUCCAGAAAAGCAAACUGAGCAGCAGAAUGGCGACGAGACUAGCGGUGAAGGCGGAGGAGGCAGUUCAAUGGAUCCCCAAUUGGAAAGACAAGUAGAAACAAUCCGCAACCUUGUAGACAGUUACAUGCGAAUUGUAACCAAAACAACACGUGACCUUGUACCUAAGACGAUAAUGCUUCUUAUCAUAAAUCACAGCAAAGACUUCAUAAAUGGAGAACUCUUAGCUCAUCUCUAUGCAAGCGGUGAUCAGUCACAAAUGAUGGAAGAGUCACCAGAGGAGGCACUGAAAAGGGAAGAAAUGUUACGCAUGUAUCAUGCCUGCAAAGAAGCCCUACGUAUUAUUGGUGAUGUAUCGAUGGCCACAGUGUCAACACCCGUACCUCCCCCUGUCAAAAAUGAUUGGUUGGCAAGCGGUUUGGAUAAUCCUAGAUUAUCGCCUCCCAGCCCUGGUGGAACAAAACGAGCAGCACCCUCUAUGGGCCAAGUUGGAACGACAGGCUCUUUAGGCUCAGGUGGGUCAAGGGUACCACCUCCACCACCGGCAUCAGGUCGUCCAGCACCAGCGAUACCAAAUCGGCCUGGGGGAGGCGCACCUCCAAUGCCACCCGGACGACCUCAAGGACAAGCUUUACCAGCUCCGUUAAUUCCAACCCGAGUGAGUGGACAAACUCCAGGGGGUAUCCAGGUGCCCCAGCAGGUGCAGUUAGCUGUGGGACGUGCAGUUACGAAUGCGGCUGUCAACGAACUUGCCAACGCCUUCAAGUUUAACAACCGUCCUGUUCCAAAUAUACCUCCACGAUUACCAGAUCGACCAUACUCAGGGAGACCCAACUAGUAAACUAGUCAUUAUUAGUGGGGCAUAAGGGACCAAACUUGAUGUAUUUAAUGUGCUAAUCAGUGCGUAAACACAAUGUGCUUGAUAAAGUACUUUUAACGAAUAUUGUGAGAGAUUAAGUGCACAUCAUUAGCAACACAGAUUUGAUUUAUUUUUUUAACGCAAUUCUACUCAUGUACAUAUCUUUGCAAAGUAAUAUUUAAACGGUUGUGAAUAAAUGAGCUUUCAGUUGGUCGACAAAUUACACCCAUUACCUCCUAGCUUCGUUUCAAGUGUACAUAUUAGUUUUAUAUUAUGUACCUGAUCGUGCCUACAUUCUUCUAAUGCUCAAUUUUUUAAACAAUAAAAACCUAAGGUGGCUCAUUGUUUGUGUAAAAAUUGUAAUUUGUCAAUAAGGAAGUAGGUAGAUAUUUUGGAACCGAUAAAUUAAAAUGUACAAAUGAUGUGCAUAAAUACAUCAUCAUUUUCCAUAAAAUCAUUUAGUAUUUUUCUAUGCAUUUUCACUAUGCGAAAUUUUUGUGCUUAAUUUUUUAACUAUAGGUAGCUAAUGUUUAAAAGUGAGACCGUGCAUCCAUGAAUCGUAUUUCAUCACAAACUAGUCCAAUUGUAGUAUUAUUAAAGUGUUAAUAUGUAUAAUUUUUUUCAAAAUAACUGUUUAUUGCUGUACCAUAACAAAUA